AGUGAAAUAAGCCACGCCUCUGGUCUGGGGCAUCGCAUUUGGGGGUGACUGACUAAAAUCAACGACAAUACUGAGAUUACGCGCCGUACAGCGACGUUAUCGCGGGACGGAAAGUUGUUGGCAGCGGCAGCCGUCCAAGAGUGCGAGUCGAACCCCGUGGCAAGGACGAGAAUUCUCAGGGUGGACGUGAAUUUUCGGCAUUUUUGUCUUGGGCAGAGACGACCAUUUUGUGACAUCACAUCCGGCGAAGCCUUUGACCUUGAGGUGGACCCAGUCUCCUCGACGCGCGGACGCCCAGGACACGCAUCAACCAUGCUCGUCUGGACGUUGGUAGCUACCCUGCUGCUCUCGGUCUCGGCACAAACUCCGCAGACAACCAAAGGGAAAACAAUAACAUGCUUCUGUGACAAGUGCGCGAACCUAGAAUGCGUCUCAGACGGCUACUGCUACACGUCCACGCGGAUAGAUAAGGAAACGAAACAAAUUGAGCAUGAUUUCAGGUGUUUUGAUAAAAUCGCACACUUUCCUCCUGAAAACCCCGCAUGGUGUAAAGAAAAUGCCCAUUUAAACCCUGAAAGUUUGCUACGCUCUGCUGCUGUGGCCUGCUGCGAUAAUGAAAACUAUUGCAACAAGGCUCUGCGGCCGCAAAUUGCAAGCAUGCCUCCACAAUUCGCAAGCAUGCGCCCGCAAGGUGCCGGGGGCAAACUGAUAAUUUCUUCCGCAGACGAGAAAAUUGGCGAUGACCUGAGUACGGACACGUCCCUUAUCAUCUUUGUCGGCACCACCGUGUUGGUGGUCCUGCUGCUCGUGCUGCUGGUCAUCUACUGUGGCUGGACGCGAAACCACAAGUGGAAGAAGCAGCGGCCCGGUGCCCUCUUCAAGUCGAAUGACUCGAUGGACCCGCAAGACCAGCAGCCCAUACUGGGGGUGAACAACACGCUCAGGGACAUAAUUGACAUGACGACCAGCGGAUCAGGCUCAGGUCUGCCGUUACUCGUGCAAAGAAGCAUCGCUCGGCAAAUCCAGCUGGUCGAGAUCAUCGGAAAAGGCAGAUUUGGCGAAGUUUGGCGCGGACGGUGGCGUGGUGAGAACGUGGCCGUGAAAAUCUUUUCCUCGCGCGAGGAGCGGUCAUGGUUCCGCGAGGCCGAGAUCUACCAAACCGUCAUGCUGAGACACGACAACAUACUCGGCUUCAUCGCAGCCGACAACAAAGAUAACGGUACAUGGACUCAGCUCUGGUUGGUCACGGACUUCCACGAGAAUGGCUCACUAUUUGACUACCUCAGCACUCGAACCGUCGACAUCGUCGGAAUGAUUCGGAUGGCGCUCUCCAUUUCCACAGGCCUGGCUCAUCUGCACAUGGAAAUCGUUGGAACGCAAGCAGGAAAGCCAGCCAUCGCCCAUAGAGAUUUGAAGUCGAAAAACAUCCUAGUCAAGCUGAACGGCACGUGUGCUAUCGGUGAUCUCGGGCUCGCCGUCCACUACGACGACGUCGAUGGCAAAAUCGACCUGGCCACAAACAGCAGGGUCGGCACCAAGCGUUACAUGGCGCCAGAGGUCCUGGACGAGUCGAUCUGCGAGAAUCACUUUGAUUCGUUUAAGCGCGCCGAUGUUUAUGCUUUGGGCUUGAUUUUCUGGGAGAUCACGCGAAGAUGCAACGUUGGAGGGAUCUAUGAUGAGUACCAACUGCCAUAUUACGAUUUGGUACCUUCGGAUCCAACCAUUGAAGAGAUGAGGAAAACAGUGUGCGAAGGCAGACACAGGCCUUCAAUUCCUAAUAGGUGGCAGUCGAUAGACGCUUUGAACGCCAUGUCAAAAGUAAUGAAGGAGUGUUGGUAUCACAACGCGGCUGCUCGCCUAACAGCUCUCAGGAUCAAGAAGACUCUGGCCAAUUUGGGUGCUAGUGAAGAUAUCAAGCCUCCUCAGUGAUUCUCGCAACACAGUUACUGAACUUCCGCCGGAGCCGAGACUCUGGGAUUCAAGUAUGGAUCAUUAAGAAUCAUGGGGCCUCAAAGGCCUGAUUCGCUCUUGCAUUGUGUUGAUUACCCAUAGAUGUAACGCGUAAGACUCGAAUUUUAGUCUCCAAUCUACGAAUAUAUGGUUUGGCGGUUCCGGAACAAGAAAAUCUUGAGAGAAAUCGAAGCUCAAUAUUUUUAGGUGGUGACUUUUUGGAUCAAAGACGUCGUUAAAUGGUUAAGUGCCUAUCAAUAAAAGCGAGAUUUGGGUUCAUAAUCACUAAAAAAAUUAUAUGCGCAAGUUGCAAUUGAUACUGGAUCUCUAAAAGAACACAUUAAUAAACUUGAAAGGUAUUUAGCCGGACGUAAAGUAAUAUAAUGCUACUUAUAGCUGUCCUAUUUCAUAAAUUUAAAAAUACUUCCUGCCGUCACGAGAGUGGAAGUAGUCCAGGAAUAUUUUAUUAAAACCUUCAGGACCACUCGAAAAUCAAAAUUUGUCAUGGGAAGAAACUAUCAGUAAAAACAAGGUUUCAUCUUGCUGCCCUCUCAAACGUUCCUAAUCACAAAUAUAAUUUGUCUAUUCCAUGCCUCGCCUUCUCAGUUUCUAAUCGAAAUAUGCCCAUACCAAAUUUUGAUUUUUGAGUGUCCAAGGUAAAAUAUUUGUUCUGACCGACCGGGAGAAAAGGUUGUGCUUCUUUUUACAUCAUUGAAGUAGCUUGAUGCUUAUUUACUCGAAACUCUCAUACUAUAUCUAUAUAUAUUUUGUACUAAACUUGCAUAAAAUGGAACCACGCUAGCAGGCUGACCGUACCACUGAAAAUUUCUCGAAGAAAUAAGUCAGCCGAGGAAUUAAUUAAUUAUUAAAAAAUUCGUUUCAUGCAAGCGAUAGGCAAGAAUCAAAACCCGGAUGUUUUGCAUUUUGACUGUUGUAUCGAAGCUGGCCUUGAAAAUUCUACUUUAUCGCUGAAGAGAAUUUAUGUAUUGCCAGUGCGGGAUCAGAUUGUACAUAGAAUUCACAUUAAAUAGCAGUGUAAUAUCACGUGUUUUAUGCACCGACGUUCAAUAUCAUUUUGGACUGACCAGCCUCAGUCUUUUGCAUUUAUUAAAAGUAAACUAAUCGAUGUUGAGCUAAGCUUCCCCUCCCCACUAUUACGUAGUUAAUCAAGGCAGCAGAAAACACUGUAAAAGCAGUGAGUCAGGCUUAUCUUGGCUUGCUGUUUUCCGAGUGAAAUGGGUAUUCAAAAUUUGAAAAGUCGGUGGAUCCACUACAAUAUAUUGUUCUUUGAAAUCCAAUCCGCAGCUGUGGAACAAUUUCAAUUACUAUACAAUAUAAUAAAAUGUCUUCAUUUGAGUCUGAAGAUUCUAUUAUGUAUAAUGUACAUAGUUAAAUGCAUAUAUAUUUGCUAUGGCAGGUUUGAGACGGUUGGAAAAGUGCGCGAAUCCGUAAAUACAUAUUACUAUUAGAUAUUCUGGUCUUGUCCGGUUCAUCAUGUGAUACAAGUUGAGGUGAUUGCUAAAAGUGUGACAAUUUACGCGAGUUGAAAAAUUCUUAAUGCAUUGCACUCAAAGUCAAGAGUUGCAAGUAAAUAUACAUAAGAAAUUAAUAUGUAUGUGAUCGGAAUGGGAGUAAUUGAUAAACAAUACUAGUUUGUUGCUAAGACGUGCUAAGUUAGAUCCGUAAUUUUUCUCGAUUUAUUCAGCCUAUCUAUGUAUAGGUAGAGUGUUUUUUUUUUUGUUGUAAUGAUGUAUGCUUCUUCGUGAAUUUAAUCGAAACAUAAUACUUAACAAUAAAACGUAAGCAUUUAAUAUAA